CACUUCUUCAUGAGCGCGGGCGCAUAUACAAAGGCAAAGCUCAAGGAGAGCAGAGAGGCCAUCCAGAACAAGGCUUGGGACGAUGCUCGCCAAGCAGCGCAGCAUGUCUUAGAGCAAGAGCCCAACAACUACAAUGCAAACGUCUUCUUAGGCCUCGCUCUCCUCAACCUUGGCCACUUCGACGACUCAGAGAAGGCCUACCUCGCAGCUAUAGACUCACAGCCCUCCCAGACACUCGCAUACCAAGGGCUCGAGAAGUUCUACGAACAGCGCAAGCAAUGGGACAAGCUCGUGUCCCUGCUGCAGCGUCAAGCAGAUGCAGCCCUCGAGGCUCAAGAUGCUCAUCGCUGCGCUGAGUGUAUUCAACGCAUCGUCGUCAUUCAGCAAGAUGAGGGCGCAAAGAGCCAGAAGGCAGAUGCACUCGCCAUGAUGGUACAAGGCUCGAAAUAUCAUUCUCUCCUUGAAGAUAGCCUUCCACCACCGCAGCCAACGCGCACAUCCGAAAGCCCAACGAUCUUCCAAGUUCAGAUGGCAGUUCACCUCGACUCACUCAAGAUCAUUCGCCAGAUCAUCGAGCUGCGCGAAGCCUUGGAAAACGACCUUGUAGAAAAGGAGGUAGAGAAGAAGAGGAUGCGAAUUGAUGGUGCCGGUAAAAGCAGAGAUACCCUUCGCAACGAGGCCGGUGUAGAGAUUUGGUCCAACAGCAAGCUGCCUUGCCUCUAUCAGCAAGUCCUAUCACACGCAGACGCAGCAGACGAUGAGCGACGCGAGGCAGAGGCAAAGCUGCUGCGCUAUCAACAUCGUCUGCUCUGCGCUAUGCCUACUGCACUAUCUGACGCAAAGGGCCAAAUGCGCCAACGCCUCAUCGAGCUCGCUCACGGAAUGGUCAUCGUAGGGGUGCCAGACGAGUUGGCAUGGAGCAUACACCUGGAAUGGGACAACAGCUUCGGACGCAUCGUUCAAGUGCCUCGUCAUCUGCUGCGCCAAUUUAUCUUCCUCUUCCCUCGGUCCCCGCGUACGGCGGCUUUCACGGCCCUCUUACUCACCCUGCAGGACCAACGCUUUCUCGAGGAGCGCAAAGAGCUCGCCGAGCGCAGCGACAUCGACCGCAGCGAAGACGAACAAGACGCACUCCUUCUCGCCAUUGAAGCCAUCGACUCCAAGACGGACAGCGUCCUUGCCAUUCGCAUUGCAGCACGCUUGCACCUCCUCGACCGCGACUGGUCUUCAGCGCAUGACAUCGCCACAGAUGGCCUCAACAAGCUACGCACGCUGGAGCAUGGCACUGCACUGGCCCUUCCGGCAUUGAAACAAGAUCUUCAGUCCAUCUGCGGAAUUGCUCUGACCCGCAUGCACGGCACACAGCAUCAGGCCAGGGCAUUGCGCCUGCUAGAUGAGGUUCUCGAGACUCGGUUGGGUGAUGUCGACGCCAUCUUCGCUCGCGGUCAAGUCGAUGCCGAUGCCGGUAGGUGGCAGGCCGCGCAAGACCUCUUUGUCAAGGUAGCGCAGCGCAGUGUAGGCGAGGACGAGGCGGCCGAGCGGGCCUUGAGCCUGUAUAAGGAUCCCCGCACUGAAGCCCGGUUCGAAACAGCAUGGUGCGACGUCCAGCUUGGGCGCAUCGCAGAAGGCAAAGCUGAACUCGACGAAAUCAUUGCCAUCCUGGAUGAUGAUGCGCAGCAACGAUCGGAUCAUCAGCGCUUGUUUGGCGAUGAAGACCGAGCUCGAGCCUGGUGGCGCAGCGGCCGCGCCUCCUCUCUACUCGCCGACUACCCUCAGUCCUUCAACAGCUUCAUUGCCGCUCUUAAGCGCUACCCCUCCUACGCACCUGCAUUCGCAGCGCUGGGGACCUACUACGAGGAGCAUCAAUGCCCGCCGGACGAGGUUCGCGCAUCCAAGUGCUUCCAGAAAGCUUUUGAGCUGGAUGCGACGCAAUUCCAUGCCGCUCAAAAACUGGCAGAGCAUUAUGCUGGAGAGAGGGAGUGGGAUCUCGUCGGCACAAUCGCUCGUCGGGUCAUCGAGGGUGAAGGAGGUACCGAUGCUCUCGCCCAGGGCGCUGCUAGCGCGAGCGCGAAGCACAAGAGCCAGAAUGCAUGGGCGUGGAAGGCGAUCGGUAUUGUCAGACUCGAGAAAGGAGACGCAGAGCAGGCCAUCAGUCCGCUUCACGUUGCCCUUCGAGCCGAUAGUCAAGAUGCAACGAGCUGGCAAAGGCUAGGCGAGGCGUAUGCAAUGACUGGUCGUCUCACAGCAGCGCUCAAGACGCUUGGACGGGCUCUCGAACUCAACAAUGGCGACUGGCAGACCAUCUAUGCUAUUGCAGAGGUCAAGCGCGAGCUGGGAGACUUCGACGACGCUAUCGAGGCCUUCGAGCAAAUCCUCGAGACGAGACCCGACGAGUUCGGCGUCCACAAUGCACUUGCCGAGACGCAACUGCUGCGCGGCCGCCGCGAGCAAGAAACAGGAUACGUACAGCGAGCUCGAGAGUCGUUUCACGAUGCGCUCUUAGCGGUACGCGCAGUCUUGGUGCAGCAACCGUUGUUGCGCGGCCCUUGGAAGGUUGUGGCGGAUGCCUGCUCCGAGCUCGCUCAACAGCAAACUGGAUAUCAACCAACAAACGCCGCUGAGCUUCUCGCAUCACUUGUGCAGCUGGCUGAAGAGCAGGGUGUUGAUGAGAAGCUGCCAGCCGUCAUCGCGGUCAAGGCGGCGGAUGUCAGAAAUGCGCCUUCUUCGUCGCUACUCUUGCAGUGCGCCUUCUUCAAUAAGCUAAGGGUUACCCUCUGCGCAUCGGAAGACGCUCUCAUUGGCAGCGCGUGGGCCGAUCUUGCCCUUUCUCUUCACCGUCUCGGACCCCACACUGCCAAGGAGGCGAUUGCUUGCAUCAAAGAAGCGCUCAACCAUGAGCCAGCGAACGACUCCUUCUGGAGCCUACUGGGCAAUCUCACGUUCUCCUCUGCAAGCAUCAAGGUAGCGCAACACGCCUACAUCCGCGCAAUCGAAAGCAGCGUCAAUGAUCCGACGCCGUGGUGCAAUCUUGGAUUCCUCUACCUCAGGCAUGGAGAUCUCGAGUUGGCCGAGGAGGCGUUUGUGCAGGCGAGGACCGUCGAUCCCGACUAUGCGCACGCCUGGGUCGGGCAGGCUUUCGUCACGGCAGCCACGAGCCCCGCUGAAGCGAUCUCGCUUUUUGCACACGCCGUCGAGCUGAGUGAAGCGUCGCUUCUCGAGGCGGAUUAUGGCUUUGCGUCAAUCCUUUUCGACAAUACAGCGACAUCCGCAACAAAGGCGAGCUUGCACUCCGCAUCCUUUGCCCUCUCCUCUUACCUCUCGUAUCAACCCUCGCACGCCCACGCCUUGCACCUUUCGGCAUUGUACGCUGAGCGACUCGGAGAGUAUGCUCUUGCCAUCGAGCGCAUCGAGGCUGCAGCUGCUCUGCUUGAGGAGGAGUUCGAGCAGAGCGAGGACUCGAAUGUGGCGAUGCACUUUGCAUUCGCGCAAGGGAAUCUAGCCCGCAUUCGCCUCGCCAAUGGGGACGCGAAAGGAGCAAAGGCUUCCGCAGAGGUCGCUCUGGGUUUGCUUGAAGGCGACAAAGAGGAUGAGGAUGACGAAGCAGUCGUACGGAGCCAUCGACAGGCACGCUGGAAUGCGCAGGUGACUAUGUCCCUCGCGCAUCAUAAAGAUGGCGACCCCAGCGCUGCGGUUGCGACUUUGCAGGGAGUUCAAGGCUCGCAGGCUGCUGUGCUCACAGCGCAGAUUCAUUUUGCAAACGGCAAAGUUGAAGAAGCCAAGAAUACGCUCCUCGAGGCCAUCGGCGGCGGAGCACAGGGAGACUUGCAGUGCAUCAUGACGUUGGGGGCAAUUGCUCUCGUCGAGAGGGAUCGGGAUCUGCUGGAGGCAGCGCUGUCUGAGCUGGAUGAUGGCAGCGGCGGUGCCAGCGACGAUGUGCAGAAGAGUGCGCCCAUCACUUGGCUCCGUGCUAUUGCACAUUUCAUGGAAGGCAAAGACGAAGAGGGUAUACAGGUGCUCGCCAACAGCGGGACAGCACUCAGUCUUGAGGUGGCCGAAGCCAUCGUGCGAGCGAGAUUGGCGAAAACGACUGCGAGGUCGGCAGGGGAGGCAUUGCAUUUGGCGCAAAGUAGCUACAUCAACAGAGAUGAUGAAAAGGCGAGAGCGUUGCGAUUGGUCAGUCUGGCUGCAGCUUGCCAGGACGAGAGUGAGGCAAGCGAUGAGGGCGAGACGACCGCGGUGGAUUAUGCUCGACUAGCGGCUCUAGAGGAUCCAACGCAGGCUUUGAAUUGGCAGACGUUGCGCUGUACAGCAAAUCGAUGAAUAGUGAUGUAUGCUAUCCGUGAA